UUUAUGUUUUGAUAUUGUCUGCUGUCUUUGAGAUAUUCUGUAGUUAUUUUUUUUCUUUUAUUGAUUGCAGAUUUGUUUGUUUCAUCCUGCUUUUUUGUUUUAUUUGGUUAUAUCUGAGCAGGUGCGCUGUGCGUUCUUUGUUGUUUGCUCAUCUGUGGUCAUGAUACUUUUCACCUCCUUGUGCAAUGGGCAGGGCCAGUUACUCUGCUAUAGUGCAGCAGGGCAGACCCAGAUGAAGGGGAGGGGCUGGGAUGGGUUGUUUAUGGCAUGUACUAGGGCUGACAGGGUGAGACAGGAAACAGGGCAGGGCAAGUUCCAGUAGGCCAUGCCUGUGCUGGUCAGGGGUGUGAUGUUCAGUACACGAUGCAGGUAGGCGGGGGGGGAGGGGGGUUGUGAUGUGUGGAGCUAAUAUGCAUAUAGGAAAGAAGAGAGAGAAACAGGAGCCAAAAACAAACAAACUGACAAAGAGUGCUAAGAGAGCUUUGUGUUGGAGUGGAGUGAUAAGAAACUGAGAAAUGGAGAAAAACAAAAGGAAAAGUGAAAAAGAAAAAAAAUUAGAUAAAAAUUUGGGAUAAAAAAAAGAAAGAAAAGAAAAGCCUCCAGGGGUCCCACCAGUGGGGCUGUGAAGAUUGGGGAAGUUGCUCCUAGGCUGAGCAGUAUAGCCUGGCUAGAUGGGGUAUAGAUGUCACACAGCUGCAGAUAUUCAGAAGACAGAAAAAGAAAGUAAGCAUAGAAAGAUGGAACUGAGAAGUGAAGAAAGUCAGGAAAAAAGAGAAAGAAAGAAAAAAAAGAAAUGUUCCCAGGGAUCCCACUGAAUUGACUACACAGGCUGGGGAAGUGGCUCCUAAGCUGCUCAGUGCAGCCUGGCUAAAAGGGGCUCCAGAGUUGUGAAAAGAAAAAAAAAGAAAGAAAGAAACAAAGCAAAAAAAAAAAAAAAAAAAAGGAGUCCCCGGGAUCCCACCAGCAUGGUGUCUCGGGUUGGGGGAAUGUUUACCCAGUUAAGCGGUGCUUCACAGCCUUUCAAGAAGAGGGAAAGAUGGCACAUGGAGCCAGAUAUUCGAGAGAAAGGAGGGAGGGGUGGUGGGAGGCACGGAAGAAACCAGAAGAAAUGGAAAAAGGCAACAUCAGCAACAGAAAAAUGGCACCCAGACAGCUGGCCAGUUUGGGCAGGGCAAAUUCAAGUGGCCUGGGGCUGAAGCAGUUGCCUCCUGGCCAAGAGCCUGGGAGCCAGCAGGAAGCAGAACGGGCUGGAGUUGGGGGAAGGGUGGGAGUUAGGAAAGCGUAUAUCGCUGAUUAGUGGGUGUUCUGUCUCCUGCUGAGAACUUUGUGAAGCUGCUUUCAUGUACUCCCUGUCCACCAAUCUCCACUGUGGGUGGAGUGAAUCCAAACAGCAUGGAUGCUGCACUUCCUGGCCGGCCAAGCCAUUGCAACCAGCUGGGAGUGAUCACAGGUGCAGGAGAUGGGAUUGGGAAAGCUUACUCCUUUGAGCUAGCAAAACAUGGACUCAAUGUCGUUCUUAUCAGUCGGACAGUGAAAAAACUACAGGCCAUUGCCACGGAGAUUGAACAGACCACAGGGAGGAGUGUUAAGAUUGUACAAGCAGACUUUACCAAAGAUGACAUCUACGAGCAUAUUCAAGAAAACCUUAAAGGCUUAGAAAUUGGAAUUUUAGUCAACAAUGUUGGAAUGCUUCCAAACCUUCUCCCGACCUAUUUCCUUGACACACCGGAUGAAAUCCAGAGCCUCAUCCAUUGUAACAUGACCUCAGUAAUCAAGAUGACUCAGCUGAUUCUGAAACAAAUGGAGUCAAGGCGGAAAGGACUCAUCUUGAACAUUUCUUCGGGAACAGCCCUCUUUCCUUGGCCUCUAUACUCUUUGUAUGCAGCUUCCAAGGCUUUUAUGUGUACCUUUUCCAAGGCACUCCAAGUGGAAUAUAGAGCGAAAGGAAUCAUUAUACAGGUGCUGACCCCAUAUGGUAUUUCGACCCCAAUGACAAAGCAUAUAAAUAUCAACAUAAUAACCAAGAGUGCCGAUGAGUUUGUUCAAGAAUCGCUGAAUUAUGUUACGAAUGGAGAUGAAAACUGUGGCUGCCUUGCCCAUGAAAUCUUGAUCUCCAGACCACACCUGAGAAUUUAUACUGAGAUGGUUCUUGUUUGGAGGCUGGCCAGGCCAGAAAGAUCACCGCUUUCUGUGAUAUCAGCUGACCUCAGCGGGAGGAUGCAUGAUUCUAUCAGCCAUGCCUAUGCAAUGGAGCCCCACAAAAGGCUCUGAACCCAGAAGCUUCACGGGCCUCCUGGUUAGUGAAAGACGUUGAUGCACAUGGGAGGGUAGCACGUCCUUUGGGACAUGAAAGCUUGGUAUUGAGAACCCCUAGACUUUGCCCUAAGUAUCUCUU